CUUGACUCUCACAUAAGCCAAGGUAUAUUUUUCAAGUAGAGCACCAGCCGAACUUCAUUCAAAAUUCUAGCAAAAUAUAUAUCACUUUCCAGCCGCUACACAACUCCCUCUCCAUGUCGCGCACGUUCAACAGGGAUGAAAUCCCCCGGGAUAGGGGCUUAGUCCAGGAGCUUCGGAGCGAAAUCACCCGCAAUUCGGCGGAAAUCAGCUUCAACUUCUGGCAGGAGUUCGAACACAUCCGGUCCACCCAGCAGAAUCGCAUGGUGCAGGAGCGUUUGCAGCGCGAGAGGAUCAGCACCUUGAUGCGCGAUGGCCAGCAGGAGGCCAACCAGGAGGCGGAGGCCCUGAGCCGGUCGAUCAGUGCCCAUGGAAUGACCGUGGACUCGACCCACUUGCCAUCAAUUUCAGCACCAGCAGCUCCAACUGCGUCCCGGCUGGAGAACUCGUUGGCCCAAGAAUUCAAGAAUAGGACCCAUCGCCCAAGUACCGCUGUCAGACGGAAGCCCCAAAAGCAGAAAUUCCAGGCCACCAAGACCAAUAAGUCGAAAGCAAGGCCCAAAAACGAGGAUCAACCAUCGCCGGCCCCCUCGAAUAUUCCAAGGGCACCGCCCACCUCCCGAGCCACCAUGAUAACCCCUAACAUCUCCAACGGGGCCACCCCCAACAUUUCCAAGCUUCGGUUGGCCAACAAGCCCAAGAAGUAACGAUUUUCAUCGAACUAAAUAUUAUUUUUGACAGCAAGAAAGCCAGUUUUAAUAGUUGUAAAGGAUUGUUAAAGGAUUGGAAAAAUAUAAAAGAAAAAUUUUAAA